AUAGGGCGGGCAUCAGACGGAGGUUUGGCUGCAGACUGGUCGGUCGGGAUCCCUUUCGCCACCUCGGUCGCUUCAGACGCAUCAGGUCCAGAAGAGUCAGUGAAGACGCUCAGCAUCACGACAGAAGAAAAGGAGAGUGAGAAGGUCCCAGGCUCGGUGGCUACAUGCUCAGUUCUCUUUGGUUUUGAGAAGAACUUCACGAAUCAGCAGGAACCAUGGAUUUUGUAAUGAAGCAAGCUUUAGGUGGGGCCACCAAAGACAUGGGUAAGAUGCUGGGAGGGGAGGAGGAGAAGGACCCAGAUGCAGCCAAGAAGGAGGAGGAGCGGCAGGAGGCGCUGAGGCAGCAGGAGGAGGAGAGGAAGGCCAAACACGCCCGCAUGGAGGCCGAGAGGGAAAAAGUACGGCAGACCAUCAGGGACAAGUAUGGGCUGAAGAAGAAGGAGGAGAAGGAGGCAGAGGAGAAGGCGGCCAUGGAGCAGGCCUGCGAGGGCUCACUGACACGCCCAAAGAAGGCGAUCCCUCGGGGCUGCGGAGACGACGACGAAGAGGACGAGGAGAGCAUCCUCGACACCGUCCUCAAGUUUCUGCCUGGACCUCUACAGGACAUGUUCAAGAAGUAAAACAAAAAAAAACAAGAAAUAAAAGGAUCCCUAAAUUCAGGGUCCAGUCUGGUCUGGGCCGGGCUGCAGGGCGGGAAGUUUCUGUCGGGUGGAGAGGGUGGAGUGUUGCAGGAGAGACUGGGGGUGGGGCGGGGGUUGGGCUUGAGUGUAGAUUUAGGGUACGUAGACGUCGACACAGAUUCGGGAGGGGGGUUCUUGCAAAACUGUUAGAGGCUACACACUGCCUUUCUAGAAAUCGUUUACUUCUUCUUUUCUACUCCUCGACGAUUGCGUCAUUCUUCUCCUUUUUUUGUUGCCACAACUGCCGUACAACUUUUCAACUGCCACUCAGCACAUUUCUUACGAUUCGUACGUCUAUGUCCUGUCCUUGUUGCUCUUUUUACACCUGAUUCAGAUCAGACAUUUUGAUCAGUUGGCUAUCAUCUGUUGCCGAUGGUGACCAACGGAGAACAGUAUUCCCUUAAAGAAGAGCAGUGGACAGAUCUGAGAUUUUUCAAAAUGGCACUGCCACCAUGUGUCCAGUAGAUGGAGCAUGUUGUCUUUAUUUUAGUGGGUGUUUUCUACUUCUAUGAACCUGCUGUAGGUCUUUAUAUUGAAAAAAUAAAUAAAUCACAUUUGAGUUUUUAGGACCUGUGCCUUCAUACCAUCUCCUCUGGCAGAGGAUUGUAAAUGAGGGUUUAAUUUUCAGUCAGGUGUACAGGUGUUGGUAGCAUGGAGGCCUCACCCUUACCACACAACAUCCGACACUUUUAGAAUAAUGUGUUUUAUAUGAAGUUGGCCAGUUGGCGUGUUUUGGGUUUCUAGAAGCCAUUGUUCAAACGACUUCUGCAAAUCCCAGAUGAAGUUUUGAAGACUGAACAGUCCAAAAAACAAUUUAAAAACAUAAUUCACUGUUAGCUACAUGGCUACGAACUUCCAGAGAACUGUUUGCUGACGAAAACAUUUUAUUUGGCUCCUAUUUCCACCCCUAGUUUUCCAAAAGCUGGAGCCUGUCAGCUGGUAACACUGCCAUCAUGCUAGGAAAAUAGAAUUAAAGAUCCUGAACCUGUCGAGAACUCGUCAGUAUAUGACUUUUCUUUGGAAUAGAUUUUAUUUAGCUCAUCCAUGCAGGAAUCUUCUUAGCUUGUUUGAAUCCCAUUUUCAAAAAUAAAUCUCCACUGUUCAGUCCAAAAAAAAAAAGCAGAGAGCUCAGAGUAAAUGAUUUUUGAGGUCCCCAUAGACAAUCAAAGCAUCGACCACUGAGAGGGUAGCCGCUACUCUGCAUGUUGUCAUUUCCUGUCACGCCAUCUUGGAUUGGUAACGUAAAGCACUCGACUAACUGAUUGCUAUUAAGUGUCUCUUAAUUUAAACUGUUUAUUGAUGUUUUUUUCUUCUUCACACAUGAAUGCAAACUCUAGACAACCUCCAGGGUUUUUUUUAGGUUUUGUGAAUAUGCUACCAGUUUAUUUUAAUGCAACUGAAAUGGUGUGACUUGCUGAGCUAACCCUUUCCUUUUAAUGCAUAAGUUUACCUUGAUCAAAGUUCAUCAACAUCGAGACCAAAGAAAUGCUGGUGAGAUCUUACUAUUUCUUUUGUCACCGCUGAAACACAGACGUGCAUGCCCGACCUGCAGGCCUGCGGGAGAAACCCUACAGCCUGUUCAGCGUGUGCAUGCAUCCCAAAGACCACCAAUACACUAAAAUGAUCCUUUGUCCUCUAAAGUAUUCAGUGGCUGAAUUAAACCAGAUAAUGUAACUGUAGACUGAGCCUGAGAAAAAGUGGUUCUCACUGCCUGAAGAGCUCACGUAGAGCUGCGUAUACUCUGCAUCCUGCAUCUCUUAAUCCAACAAAAUAUCAUAGUGAUUUGUCAUAUAGCAUUUAAGUAGACGUACUGUAAAUGGAAACGAUCUCUAUUUAGUGAAACUACCUAAUUAUAUAGACAUUUAUCGAUAAAGCAUGUGGGUUGUUCCUAAAUUAUCUGGUGGCUUCUCAGUGGUUAGUUAUCGACGGUGUAUGAUUAAUACAUUGUUCCAUGAGUUUGUAACUAAAAAUAACUUUAAGGAUAAAUAAGACUAAUGAUGAAGCACUAUAAAAACAUUUUCUUUUUUUUUCUUUUUCUAGCUCAGAUAGGACUUUUCACUAGACAAAGCCAUAUUGUUUAGAUCGCAAUAAUUACUUCGAAUAAGUUAACUGUCUCAUGUUUGUUUUCAGUAAAAAAAAGAAAAGAAAAAUGAUAUUUGCAUAUCUGUUUGUAAAUCUUCACCAUUCUUGUAUCUUUAAACAUGUAUACUAAAGUAUACACAAAGAAAAUGUACGUAGAAAAGGAAGCCAUUGUUUUAAGUGUCUCAGUGUACUACAUGUGUACUGUAAGUGUGUGUUUCUAUGUGUGUGUCUUUCUACGUGUCUGUGACGUGAGACCAUGUCGUUGGUUCCUAUAGUCCUGCUUUAUACCACGUAAAUGUGUCUUUGAACUAUUUUGUGCACAGGCAGACGCUGGGGCGCCUCCCUACUCCUGCCACGUCUUAAAAGAAUUAUACUUAACACAUUCCUUUCAAAUGUUGAGCAUGCAAAUGUUUGGUAGAGAAGUCAACAAAUGUCAAAAGACAAAAAAAUAGACAACUUCCUGUUUCUUUAGGAGUCUCCAGGCAACAGAAUCUGUGCAUUGGAUCCAGAAGGAGAGAAGGCUGUGCAAUGGGCUUGCUGAGUGUGCAAUGUUGUCUGAGUGAGCUGACAAGAGAGGAGAUUUGGUGAAGCUUAAAGGGAAACUUUGGCUGUUUUCAACCAGCUCUGUGUCACCACAGUGUGUGCAGAUAAAGGGUGCUUGGCUUCCCUGUGUGUUGCCAGUGCCUGGCAGUCUCUGCUCAUCGAACAUGUUCUCAUUCCCAACUCUUCACCUAUCGCCACUUGGUCACUGAAUUUUCACAUCUACAUGUGACGUACUAUGUAUCCUGGGUGCUGUUACAUGUCUUGUGUCUUUUCAAAAUAUACUUCCGUUUUCACAGGAAAGUUUCUGCGUGUUAGAUGUGUACAGUCUUACUUCAGUAAAACACCUCAUAUUUAUGUCUAUUUCCUUGUGCAACUAAUGCACGUAAUUAAAUGUAGAAAAAACAUCAUUGUUUGGCUCAACAUUCAUGUGGGAAGAAAACGUUGGCCUCCUGGGUGAAAGUCCAGUGUUUGUUGGACCCAUUCACCACCCCUCCCUCUCGCCCUACAUGGACUUUUAAGCUCCUUAAGUUAUAUUGUUGUUGGGCAGUGUUAUAAUCUGGUGGCACCUGGCACUGUAUCAUACAGCCAUGUAAGGCCAAGCAACGGUAUUUGACUACUUCAGAAUGAGCUAAAGGUCCUCAUUUUGUGCAGUCCGGUGGAUUUUUGCUGGUGAUCAGGGUGAUCAGAAUGCUGGCAACAUGGAGGGAAGCCAAACACCAUAAGCCUGCCCACACUGCACAUACUGUACACCCUGCAGUGAUACAAACUGGUUGAAAAUUGGCAGAGUUUCCUUUCAAGGCCGUGAUCACGCAGGAGCUUUGUUACUCAGCUGAGCCACAAAGAUCGUGGAUGUGUCCCAGUUCUAUAGUAUACAUUUGUAGUAGUUGUGGUAGUUAGGCAACCCAUAUAACAAGAAAUGGGACAAAAUUAAGAAUACUGAAAGCUGACUCAAGAUUAAAUUUGGUGAAGGUUAAAGGAAAACAUUGCCCAUUUUCAACCCCUUUGUGUCACCGUGGUGUGUGCAGGUAAAGGGUGUUUGGCUUCCCUCUGUGUUGCCAGUGCCCAGAGGUCUUCGCUCUUCCACUGGCGGGCGUCUCCAAAAACUUUACCUGUCAUCCAUAGACUGGCAGGGAGCUCCAACCACUGUUUACCUGCACAUACUGCACUCACUGCACACACUGUGGUGACACAGAGCUGGUAUAAAAUGGGCAGAGUUUCAUUCCAAGGGGUGAUCACACUGGAGCUUUGUUACUUAUGCUUAAAGGUAACUCCAUUUUCAACCCCUUUGUGUCACUGCAGUAUGUGUGUGCAGGUUAAUGGUGUUUGGUUUCCCUCCUUCUUGCCAGUGCCUAGAGAUCCCUGCUCGUCUGCAUUUCGUGUCAUCUGGCAGACUUUUGCAGGGAGCAGGGAGCUUUGAGUGCUGGCAACAUGGAGGGAAGCAAACACCUGCACACACAGCAAUGACAUAGAACUGGUUGAAAAUCCAGCAGCUUUUCCUUUUAAGGCCGUGAUCACACAGGAGCUUUGUUACUCAGCUGAUCGUAAAUGUGUCUCAGUUCUGUAGUAUGCUUUUAAAAAAGUAAAUGGGAGACGUGCAAUUAAAAAAAAAAAAAA